CAGUCAAGAGUGGAGCUGAGCGGAGAGCAGACAGACAGCUUCCUGGAUGGAAACAAAACGCAGCAACAAAGCACACACUCUCACACACACAUAGACACACCUACACACAGCCCGGACAGAAGCCAGCAGGACCUUUAAACAUGUUUUUGGUUGUUCUGUAAGCCCGCUGCGUGUGUGAGACAGCGGAGACGGUGGGUCUGCGGUGACAGCGGAGGGCUUCUACCAGCAGACUUUAUCCAACACAUGUGUCUCUGCCACAGUGAGAGCACUGCGGCUGUGGAUCUUGACUCCUACAGUACACCCAGUGGUCCACGGGAAAGGAACAUGGAGGCUGUGGCUCCUCUCCGUCCCCAGCAGAGGGGCUAGGAGCAGCCUGAUCCCUUCCUCACCCGACUGCAUCGCCCCAUCAUGGCCAACAGGAGUCCCACCCUGAUUCGGGACGCCGGGGAUUCGCUGGGGACCCCUGAGGCCGGGGCCAACCCUCGUCCAGGGCCCUUUUGCAAGCUGUGCCUCAGCGAGCAGCCGUCUGCAGCCACCAGGGAACUCCAGAGCUGCAACUGUUUCUUCUGCACAGCGUGUUUGGGGCAGUAUGUUCGGCUUGCCAUCCUGGAGGGCGGGGGGGCACCCAUCACCUGCCCAGGUAUGGCCUGCCAAAAGGCUGGAGUGCUACUGGACUCUGAGAUAGCCAGCUUGGCCUCGGAGGAUCAGGUGGAGCUGUAUCAGCGUCUGAAGUUUGAGAGAGGAGUGAAGUUGGACCCCAGUAAGGCCUGGUGUCCGGUGCUUGAGUGCCAGGCGGUGUGCAGUGUGCAGCAGAGCAGUGAGGGCCAGCCUGCCGCUGUGCCCUGCCCCACCUGUCACACCGUCUUCUGCUCCGGGUGCAGAGGGUCCUGGCUCGACGACCACACCUGCCCUGAGCAGCAGCCCAUGAUGUCGCCGUCACUCGCUCAUGAAAGCAGGCUGCGCUCCGACAGCGACUCUGACAUGCCCAUCAAGCAGUGUCCUAUGUGUGCUAUCUACAUCGAGAGGAACCAGGGAUGUGCACAGAUGCUGUGUAAGAGCUGCAAGCACACCUUCUGCUGGUACUGUCUGCAGAACCUGGAUGGCGAUAUCUUCCUGAGGCAUUAUGAUAAGGGGCCGUGCAGAAACAAGCUGGGACACUCGCGGGCCUCGGUGAUGUGGAACAGAACGCAGGUGGUGGGUAUCCUGGUGGGUGUUAGCAUCAUCGGACUGGUCACGUCUCCGCUCAUCCUGCUGGCCUCUCCCAUCAUCCUCUGCUGCCUCUGCAAGCCCUGCAGCGGGAAGAAGACCAAGAAGAAGAAGAAGAAGAAGAAGAAGAAGGACCUCAGCCAGCCAGACUCCUCCACAUCAUAGCAGCUCGCCUUCUCAUCUGCCCCUCCCAAGGAAACCACGAGAGGGCGAGAGCUGCCUGGUGGAAAAUAAUAAAGUCGGAAUGACAAUGGAUACAUUUUUCAUGACUCAACGGACUGGGAACCUUGUCAGUGGUUCAAUAAGUGCAGAUCUGGUUGAAUUCUAAAACUACAAGUACUUUAUAUGGUGGAAGUGUAAAUAUGAGGAGAAUGAAUGUAACUCACCUGGUUGUUUUCAGAUGACACAACAGGUACUAAGGAGACAGUGGCGACUGUGAGAGUUUUCCUGGACACACACACACGCACACACAAACAGACACUAACACAUACAAACAAAUGCAACACCACCCUCAUGUGCCAAACAUCAUGAUGCCAAACCAGAGGAGUUAGGCGCUCAAGUGCCUCACUCCACAGUGCCUGGUGCUUGGUUGUAUUUGUUUUGCCUUCCAUUCUAUCUUUAUCUUGUGCAAAAAUGUUAGCAUUAUGAAAAAUAAGAACUGUCAGGAUUACAGGGGUUAUAAAACCUUAAACAAUGCAAAACAUUCUUUCAUAAAGGGUGAAGGCUAACGCCCGGCGUCAUUUGUGCACUGUAUAUUCUGUACUGGUAUGAAACAUGAUAGGGCUUCAACGGUGCACAGAGAACUUUCCUUCUGCUAAUGUUUGUUGUUUCCACCUGGAAUACGUUCCAGACCAAAGGCUCUUAAGGAUCACGUGUUCUUUUCUAAAAGUGUGUCAAUGUGUAUUUAUGGGUUAUGUGUGUAUGGUUAUCAUUUAUACAUUUUCGUUGAUGUUUCUGCAUCAGAUAUUUUCUAAAAAAUCGCCAUUGUAAUUGAAAUAAACAUAUUAUAUUGAACAUGAA